AUGAAGUACGUUUUGGUUUCUGGAGGUGUCAUCUCCGGCGUGGGCAAAGGUAUUAUUGCCUCCAGCACUGGCCUGCUGCUCAAGACCACUGGUUUGGCGGUCACCAGUAUCAAGAUCGACCCCUACAUCAACAUCGAUGCGGGUACUAUGGCCCCCACCGAACACGGUGAGGUCUAUGUCACAGAUGACGGCGGCGAAAUGGACCUCGACCUCGGCAACUACGAACGUUACCUCCUCACCACCUUGACCCGCGACCACAACAUCACCACCGGUAAAGUUUACCAACACGUUAUCAACCGGGAACGAAUUGGCCACUACCUGGGUAAGACCGUGCAGGUUGUGCCCCACGUUACCGAUGCCAUUCAGGACUGGAUUGAGCGUGUGGCUCGCAUUCCCGUUGACGAGUCCGGGGUUGAGCCGGAUGUCUGCAUCAUUGAGCUCGGUGGUACCGUCGGAGAUAUCGAGAGUGCUCCCUUCAUCCAUGCCCUGAGUCAGCUCCAGCGUCGUGCGGGCAAGGGCAACUUUGUUCAGAUCCACGUCUCCUAUGUCCCCGUCAUUCCUCCGGGACCUGGUGGUGAGCAGAAGACCAAGCCCACCCAGCGUGCUAUGAGCGAUGUGCGCAGUGCCGGCUUGAACCCCGACCUGAUCGCCUGCCGUUGUGAACUGCCACUGGAGGCUUCCACCAUCCAGAAGAUUGCCAACAUGUGUUCCAUGGAGCCUCACCAGGUUUUGGGUGUGCACAACGUCACAACCACAUACCACGUGCCCAUGCUUCUGGAGAAGCAGAACCUCCAACCUCCUCAGCCUCAAGACCUCUCUUCCCGCGCCCCCGCCGACCGCAUUGAGUCUGGCAAGCGCAUGUGGGAUGAUUGGUGUGAGCUGGCCCGUGGUCAGGAGUUCGUCCACGACACCGUCUCCAUUGCCCUGGUCGGCAAGUACAUUGCCCUCCACGACGCCUACAUCAGUGUUUCCAAGGCACUCGAGCACGCUGCUAUGUACUGCCACAAGAAGGUUCAGAUCGUCUGGGUCGACGCCUCGCACCUUGAGGAGGAGACCAACUCGCCGGCCGAGUACCACAAGGCGUGGCACGCCGUCUGCACUGCUGACGGUGUCCUCGUGACAGGCGGAUUCGGCAACCGAGCCACUGAGGGUAAGAUCAAGGCGAUCACCUGGGCUCGUACCCAGAAGAAGCCUUUCCUCGGUGUUUGUCUCGGUAUGCAGCUGGCUGUUCUCGAGUACUGCCGCAACGUCGCGGGCAUUGAGGAUGUUGGCAGUGAGGAGCUGCACCCCAACGCCAAGAAUCACGCCAUCGUCUACAUGCCCGAGGUUGACAAGGACAAGCUUGGUGGCACCAUGCGUUUGGGCAAGCACCCCUGUAUCUUCCAGGAGGGAACCGAGUGGUCCCGCCUGCGUGCCAUGUAUGGCCCCACCACCUCUCAAGUGGAGGAGCGCCACCGUCACCGCUACGAAGUGAACCCGGCUAUGAUCGACCAGAUCGAGAAGGCCGGUCUAACCUUUAUCGGAAAGGACAUCAAGGGUGAGCGUAUGGAGAUCGUUGAGAUCAAAGACCACCCUUGGUUCGUCGGUGUGCAGUUCCACCCUGAGUAUCUCAGCCGUGUGUUGAGCCCCAGCAAGGCUUUCCUUGGUUUCUUCGCCGCCGCCGCUGGAUGUUUGGAGGAGGUCACUGUCGCUGUUAAUGCCGGUCAACGAAGCAUUGGAAGACGCCAAUAG